CUUUUAAAAAAACGUCCAACGAAGAAGAAGAAGCGAGCAACCUUCUCGCCUUCGUGGCAACGGACACUUCGAGAAGCUUGGGUUUGGAGACAGCAUGGCUUCACCUGUCGGUUGUGAACAUUACGUACGCGGUUGUUUGUUAAAAGCGCCGUGCUGUGGGAAACUGUACGUGUGUCGUCUGUGCCAUGAUGCUCAGGAGAACCACCCGAUGGAUCGCUUCAAAGUCAGAGAGGUGCAGUGCUCCAAGUGUAACACCUUGCAGCAGGCCCAAAAAACAUGUCAGCAGUGUCAGUUACAGUUUGGGGAAUAUUACUGUGACAUCUGCCAUUUGUUUGACAAGGAUAAGAAGCAGUACCACUGCCAGCCCUGUGGAAUAUGCAGGAUUGGACCCAGUGAGAAGUACUUCCAUUGUGACAAGUGCAAUUUGUGUCUGGCCCAGGAUCUGAGAGGAAACCACAGAUGUGUCGAAAAUGUCUCUAGGCAGAACUGUCCGGUUUGUAUGGAGGAUAUUCACACGUCCAGGAUCGGUGCUCAUGUCCUUCCAUGUGGCCAUCUUUUACACAAGACUUGCUUCGAUGACAUGGUCAAAACAGGCGUCCACCGCUGCCCCCUGUGCAUGCGGUCUGCUUGGAACCUGGACUACCACUGGAACUUGCUUGACAAAGAGAUUGCUCAGACACCGAUGCCCUCUGAGUACCAGGAUGCCACAGUCCAAGUGAUAUGUCAUGAUUGCCAAACCCACUGCACGGUCCCUUUCCAUGUGUUGGGGCUGAAGUGCACAGGCUGUGGCUCCUACAACACCGCACAGGACGGAGGGCUAAUGUGGCAGCAGGAAGGGCAAAACCUCCAGGAUGAAGGAGAACCAGAGCAGCAGGACUAGCCUGGAUGACAUCUGUCACUCUGGAAAUGUAUACAAAGUGACACUCUGUUGCUACACCUGUCACCUGUAUUUUUUUGACUCGCUCAGAACGCAGACUGAGCCAAUGUUUGUCCAUAAUCCAUCUAUCUCGUGGACCUGAUGUCACUCGUCAGGGCUGGAAUCGAUCCUAGGAUGCAGCUGUCGAGGACACACUGGCCGGUCAGUUGGAGCGCUUCCACACGGACGCAGACAAGUCAGUUUAUCUGAUCUGCAUGCCUUUUAGUCUGUGACAGGGAACCCAUGGAGGGAUGCUCACAGUACACCAAUGCUGCAGUUUAGGUGGAACCCAGGAAAUAGUUUGAACUGUGGAUUUUGUAACAGCUGUGACCAGUUAGAAUUGUCCAUUUGUGAUGGGUUAAAUGAACUUGUUCUGUAGAGGACUCGUGUAUUGUAAGACUAUAGCGGAACAGCAGAAAACAAAUCCUCUUUUUCUUUAUUUUGCUGGAAUUACUUUGCUUCUGUUGACUGUAUUGUUAAUUCAAGGUGUUAACAGGAAGUGAUGAUGGCAAAUGUCACAAGCUGGACGUCAACUAAUCCUGAUCUUCAGACUUUCUGAAGACCAUGGCAGCAUAAAAUCUGCACUUGAAAACACAAACCGAAUCCAUUCAUUUCUGUUUCUCUUGAUUGAUUCCUCAAUAAAUGCAUGAAAACACA